AUGGCGUCUUCUUCCGAUGUUAGAGACGUGCUGGACCUGCCGGACCUGGAGCCCAACGACAAGCUGACUCAGCAGCCCAAGCGACAGAAGCUGGCGGCUCCCGUAGGCGGCAAGAGGAUGGACGGAAUGCAGCGAGAGCUGUUCGCGCUCAUGGGUGAAAACACGCCGUCUGUGUCCGUGACCAAGGAUUCGCACACGUCGCUUUUCAAGGACAAGCCCCAGUGGCAGGCCAAGUUGACCCCGUGGAUGUGGACUCCCUUCCAGAACCAGGCACGAGAAGAUGGACUCAUUUUGAGCCACUGGGUUCGAGGAGGCGAGCUCACUCAGGGCGACCAGUAUCCGUUUGCGGCUCUCAACACGCAGAUUUCUUUCCCCGAGCUGACGCAGGAGGACUACGAUGGUCUCAAGCUGGCUACUCCAGGCUGGACUCUGGAAGAAACCAGGUAUCUGAUGCAUCUGUGUUCGGAAUUUGAUUUGAGAUGGCCCGUUAUCCACGACCGGUGGGAGUGGCAAACUGACCAAGAUGUGACUAUGGCAACCGGAGAGACCAAGGGUGCUGAAGGAACAGAGUCCAAGGUCAAGGAGGAGGAUAAGGAUGUGGAGAUGGCAGAUGUGAAAGAAGAGAAGGAGAAUAAAGAUGAAAGCAACAAGGAGAAAUCGGAAAAGAAGGAAUCGGCGCCCCCAGACGGAACCGCAAGAACGGUCGAGGAUCUUAAAGAACGGUUCUACAAUGUUGUUUCGGCCAUGUCCAAGCAUCCCGAAAAGUACACUGCUGAAGGAUACAAUAUGACCACCGUCAAGUUCCCCCGGGACAUGGAAAUCAAGAGAAAGCAAUACCUGGAGCGUUUGCUGGCGCGGUCUCCUGCUGAAAUUGCUGAGGAGGAGGCUCUGAUUCUCAAGUCGAGGAAACUGGAACUCAGUGCUACCAAAAUGCUUCAAGAACGACAAGAGCUGCUCAAGCUGCUGGAUGCUCCUCAGCCCACAUCUAGUGUCGCGCAGUUCCAGACGUCCCAGGGUCUGGCCCAUCUCACAUCUACGCUCAACGACAAAUCCAAAAAGGGUGGGAAGCCUACCAAGGAGGGAUCUGUGGGUCCUCAGGCACCGGAUCGAGGAGGCUCCGUGGAGAAGACCACCAAGAAGGAGGACACCAAGGAGGCAAAGAAGGCCACUAAGGAGGACAAGAAGGCCGCCACCACAAUCGCCGCUGCCAUUUCCAAGAAGCUGACUACCAAGGAGGAGGCUGCAUACGGCAUCUCUUACCACGACAAGCUGACGCCGGGCGUCUACCUGCGGUCUUCAAAGGUGACCACGUUCAAGCCCACCAUCCAGACGAAAAUUGUCGCAGCUCUGCAGGACAUUGGUAUUCCUCCAAAGCCAGUCAUGCCUACGGCCAAGGUAUGUGCCAAGUUUGAAAGUAUCCAGCACAGCAUGAGCGUGUUGCUGGAGACCAAGCGGGCCGCCGAUAAGCUGGAAACCGAGAUCCGGCUUCUUCGCGGUCAGAAGGGGCAGCUCUAA